GUCCUACGCAGUUGAUUUGAAUUUUCUCACGAUGCCUUCGUUUGCAGGUUUUGAGGUUGAUGACAGAGGUAUUUGUUGUUUCCAAAUGACUGAUUAGUUUGUCCAUGGACUGGUAUUCUUAUAAUUUCGCCUUUGAACGUUAUUUUCUCUUCAUAAUUUCAGUCUGGUGGUGCAGAUAUGCUUGAGUCGUUAAUCUAACCAACAAACCUGUUGGAAGCUACCGAGCAACACACUUAGUUGUACUGUAGCAACCAGCUCGAACAACCUGGUCGAUGGCCUACAGAAAGUAAUCUGAUUUAAGGGGAAUUUGAGCGAGUCAGGAACAGAAGGUGUAGUUUGAUUUGAUUAAGCACUUGAGUCAAGUAAUGGUUGUUGGUCAUCCACCAAGUUGGCUGCUAUGACUUAACUUUGUUACGUUUGUAUGUUCUUAUAGCAUUUGGUACGCAAAUUUAUUGGCGAGUUAAUUCAAUAAGAAGUACGGCAAUACUAAAUUAACUAAGUCGUUAUUAUCAUUUGGUCCUUUCAUGAAUUCAUUAAUUCCGGGAUUGCGCGAUAUUCGUUGUUCUUGGUGAAGGAAUCACAGCGAAUUUUUUCGGAGGGUACCUUUCACAACCUUACAUUUUUAUUUUCCUGUGAUUAUAGCACUGACUAUGACAUAUACUAGUGAUUGUCAUGAGGUUGUAUGCGUUUUGUUCAGUGUUUGGGAAUAUUUAAAAUCCUUUCGGGGAAGUGUGAUUAGCAAGGCAAUGAGACUUCCUUUUUUGUGGUUGUAGUUAAAUGUACUUCCUUAGCAGAUCUAACUCUGGGGGAAGUUGCACUCCGGAAAUACGGCUUCCAAAAUAUGAAGUUGAAGUUUUCCUACUGCUAUAAAUAGGUGUAGUUGAUAGGUACCUUUUGUAUACCUUAUCACACAGUCGUGUUUACUGGAUGUGAUAUUGUAUCUGAGUGCACAACAAUGACAUUAAGCUUAAACGUACGUGGGGCUGAAGAAUGUGAUCUGCACUUGUUGUAUACGUCUGUUUAGAAAAUUCUAAGACUAAUCCUAAUGUUGGUUUUAAAAAUUGGGAUAAGUUUUCUCAUGUCUGUUUUAACUGCUGUAGAAAUUAUAUCUGAUAUUCUGGACCUGAAACCUGAGCCCGAAGAUCAUUUGGGUUCUACAAUUAUUGUGGAUGGUUGUCCUGUUGUUGGUCCAGCUAAGUUUGACCUCCUCAAAAAGUUCUUACUGGAUAAAUUUUCAAAAAUCGGUCCGAUAGUGGACCAUGAAUUCCCUUUGGAUGAUGAAAAACAAACAAAAGGAUACAUCUUUAUUACAUAUGAGAAUGGAAAAGCAGCAUCGCUGGCUAUUCGUCUGUUGGAUAAUGUGCCUUUAGACAAAAAUCAUACGUUCCAGAUCACCUUACUGUCUGAUUUUGAACGAGCAGUAAAUGUUUCUACCGAAUGGGUGCCUCCACCCAAACAAGAAUAUAAAGAUUUGGGUAAUCUGAAAAGUUGGUUGUUAAAUGAACUGUGUCGGGACCAGUUUUCUGUUGUGUACAAUGAUGGCGACACAGGCUGCGUUUACUGGCAUACUGCAGCCGAACCUGUUGUUGCUGAAGAACGUCUACGUUGGACUGAGGGAUGGAUGCGGUGGUCACCCCGGGGGACUUAUUUGGCAACAAUGCAUCCUCUAGGUGUCAUUUUGUGGGGCGGUGAGAAGUUUCUGAGGGCUGGACGAUUUCCACAUACAAAUGUCAAAACUAUAGAUUUUUCACCUUUGGAAAAUUUCAUGAUAACAAUGAGUCCAAGCGCUAAUUUUUCCACUGAUGAACAAGAUCGUCCGCGUGCAGAUGCAGUUGUUUGGGAUGUGAAACGGUGUGUAAGUCGCAGAGAAUUCACGGUUCCAAUCGAUUUCUAUCCAGCGUUUAAAUGGUCUCCAAAAGAUGAAUAUUUUGCUUGUUUACGAGAUGGUGUCAUUAGUAUUUACUGCACCAGCAAUUUUAGGCUGCUGGAUAAAAAAAAGCUGGGUGGUAAUAUUCGUGAUUUUGCUUGGUCACCAUCUGACAAUAUACUAGCAUACUGGGUUCCAGAAUCUGAUAAUACACCAGCCAGGGUUGUUCUGAUGGAAGUACCAAGUCGUCAAGAAAUAUGUACUAAAAACUUGUUUUCUGUGGCUGAAAUCAGUCUUUUGUGGCACGAACAAGGUGAUUUCCUAGCUGUUCAAGUGUUAAGGUGCGCGAAAAAGAAGUUAGAUGGAGAAAAACAAGUCAAGUAUGUGGGUACCUACACAAAUUUCGAAAUUGUUCGUCUACGAGAGAAAUUGUAUCCAGUUGAUCAGUUAGAAGUUAAAGCAUCUGUCUCGAACUUUCGAUGGGAGCCGUGUGGUACACGUUUUGCAUUCUUACAAACCGUAUCUAGUGGCAAACUAUCAGUUGCUAUAUAUGAUGUAUCUCGUGGAAGCAGUAUUCGUGAAGUUUGUGUACUUGACCUUGCUUCAGUUCGAACCAAUGAUAUACGCUGGGCGCCUAAAGGAGGACUUCUUGUUGCAUCAGGCCUAAAAAGUGCUGAUGGUAUAAUUGAGUUCAUCUCAGCUGAUGAGGGGCAAAUUCUAGCUAAAGGCGAGCACGCUAUGGUUAGUGAUGUGCAUUGGGAUCCUACAGGAAGAUACUUAGCGACUACUGUAACUAGUUUCUACCAGAAAAAUGAUAAUGCAAUAUGGUUUUGGAAUUGUGUUGGUCGUUGUUUAUUCAAAAUGAGUUUACGUGGUAUCCGUUCAUUCAACUGGAGACCACGACCACCAACUCUACUUACUGCAGAACAGUUACAGAAUAUCAAGAGAAAUAUGUCCAAAUAUAAUAAUCAAUUGGCAAAUGAGGAUCGUAUGCUUGCUUCGAAGGCUAGUAGAGAAUUGUUCGAAAAACGACAGAAAUUGCUGGCCGAAUUCAAUGUUUGGAAAAAUAAUGUUAUUCGUUUACAUAAUAUGGAUGAAGAACAACGCUUAGUAUUACGAAGUUGUGGUGAUGAUGGAGCAUCUAGUAACACAAUUGAAGAAGAAUUAGAACUUUUGAUCAGUGCUGUACAGGAAACAAUUCGUAAGAAUACAGAAGAAUAAAUUCAGCAAUUAUUCACUCUUCAUAAUAUCGAGAACCGUAUAAAUUAGAUAAAAGUACUAUCGGGAUUUGAUUGUGAUAUGCUUGUAAAAUUUCAGAAUGAUAAAUGAAAAUAUAUAUAAUGGUCUAG